AACAUGGAGAAACACUGGUCUGCAGUUAGUGCAUUGAUUUUAACUCUUUGUGCAUUUUUGCACUUUCAAUUGGUUUUUGCUGCAGCAGCUGAUGGAAAUUUAACAGCUAUUCUUCCAAAACCAGGCCACUGCCCACGUCUCCUUAAUGUUGUUCCAUCACAUAAGGGGUGUGUGUGUGAUGAAGACUGUCCUGCAGAACACAAAUGCUGUGUUUUUGACUGUGGAGCUGUCUGUGUCCCUCCUGCUUUCACCAAGCCAGGAGUGUGUCCUCGCAGGCGUUGGGGCUCAGGGAUGUGUGCAGAGUUUUGCUCUAAUGACAGUGACUGCCCAAAUGAUGAGAAAUGCUGCCACAAUGGAUGUGGACAUGAGUGCAUUGCACCAUACAUAGUGAAGAAGGGUCGCUGCGCUCUGCCCCAAGGGACUCCCAUGUGUGCUGAGUACUGCUAUCAUGAUGGUCAGUGUCCAGGAGAGCAGAAGUGCUGCAGGACAACCUGUGGCCACGCCUGCAGUGAGCCCUGCUGAUUGGACAGCCAGCUGCAUGUGUGCACUUAUUUGGUUUCUUUAAUGCAACAAGAAAAUGUGUUCAGCAAUGAGAAAUCAUGUUCACUAUAUCACAUUUUGUCACAACUUUUGAGCAUUAAUUGCACAAACAAGACACAAACAAACAAACAACAAAUUUGUUUUGGUCUUUUAAGUCUAUGCUCUCCACUUUAUAGGGAAGCAAGAAUGAUAGAAUAACCAAAUGUUUUGCUGUAAUAAAACAAUCAGGAGGAUGAACCAUUAAUAUUUACUAUGAACCCUUCUGAUGACCAACUUGGGGAAUACCCCUGAUCUUGUUGGUGGUGUGUGUUACACUGGCCACAUACAGUAAUCAAUUGUCAAUCAUUGUCUUCAAAAGACCUAUAUAUACUUUUGCCUUGAUUAGUUUACAACUUAUUUUAAUGUUGAUAGCAUUUAGGUCACAGUAAGUUCUUCUGUUUUAGUAGUAGCACUGUAUAUUCUACUACAAUCUCUUUCCACUGCUGUUUAAAUGGCUGAGAAAUGUACUGUACUAGAAAUUCUUUGUAUUUCAGCUAAUAAAACAUGUUUC